UUGAACAACAUAUUACUAUUAUAUUUUGGAAAAAUAAUUUUAGGUGUAUUGUUCAAAUCACCUGAUCUAUGAUUCAAAGAAAAUACAAUUAAAAAAAUAUAACAUUUUUAUUAUUUCAUAUAAAAUAAGUUGUAAUAGUGAAAGAUAUUUGAAGAUACACGGGUACAGAUGUAAAGCCAUGGAGGUUGGUCCGAUUUAAUAAAUGUGAUAAUUAGGUGGCAUACCUAUGUAUGGUGAUUGAAAGAUAAGAAACAAAGCCAUUUGUUUUUCGUUUUUUCUUUUAAUCUGGUAGCUUAUUGUUUUCUGCCAAAUCCAAAACAUAUUAGAUGCCUACGGUGUCCAAGAAAAGCUUCUAACUUUAGUAGAAAGUGACUCGUGAACCCACCCUCCCUUUAUUAUCUGCCACAACCCAGAAUUCAUCAUCAUCUUCUUCUUCUUCGUAUUUGGUCUUAGUUUCAGUACUCCUUCUCGUUGCUGGGUUACCAUUAGAUUCCUCUUCUGAGUUAUUUUGUUAUUGGUAGUUGGUACCAUCCAAAAGUAAAAAGGGGCUUCGAUGAAAAGGACUUUUUGCUCCUUGCUACUACUGUGCUAAUGGCUAAUCUAUGAGUGAGAUCCUGAGAUCCAUGGGUACAUCAGUUGCACCAGUGGACUGCAUGAGGUCGUUGAGCACAGAUAUUUUUUAUGAUAUAUUGAGGCGUCUUGAUGGACCCACUUUGGCUAGUGCAGCAUGCACUUGUGCUGCCUUCUCUUCCAUCUCAAGAGAAGAGAAAUUAUGGGAAGAUGUGUGUUCUUCUUUGUGGCCUUCAACCAAUAGGGAAGAUGUCAAAUAUUUGAUAUCUUCAAUUGGUGGAUUCAGAAAGUUCUAUGCAGAUUGUUUUCCUCUUAUUGUAAAUAAGGAAGUUUCUGAAUACCAAAUGAAUGAAUUUCGCGAGUAUCCAGAAGAAUGGACCGAAACUGAAUACUACGGUGACAUGGAUGAAGUUGAGAGUAUUUCUCCUUCAGAUUUUAUUUCUAUUGUGGAUAUAAGGUAUAAGGAGAAAACAAUUUGCUCAAAAGUUUUAUGGGACAUUCCAAAUGCAAAUAGCUUCAAUGGUUGGUUUUACAACUGCCCAUUUCGGAUUGAUCUGCUCACUUAUGCAGCAAGAGAUGAUGAUGAUUAUGGUGAAGUUAUAAUUUCAGUUUCUGAUGGUUUGCCACCAAUUACAUCUUUGGAGAGAGAAAGAAAAGACGGGAAACUAUGGCAGGAGCUUCGUGAUGGGCUCCAACUUAGUUGGAUUGUUGUAAACAAAAAAAUGAAGCAAGCUGCCAAUUUUGCUAGCUGGAGCGCUCUUGGCGGGCAAAGGCACUGGCCAACCGACAGAGACUUUGUAAUACGCUUUGGAUCCAUACUUCCUGCAAAGGACAUUCUUCCUCGUCAAGUAGUGGAAUGCAUACUCAGUACGAAGUUUAGAGUGGUUCAAACAGAAGGAGAGGGUAUUCAGACAACUCUUAAGUUAACAGAGGUAAGCAUGCAGUUGGAAGAUAUGGAAGGUUCUCACGUCAACGGAAGGAAUAGUUUACUUAUCCUAAAGGAGGCACUAAGUUGCCGUAGGAGUAAAAACUACAGCGAAGUCCUCGAAUCUUGUCAUUUGUACUCGAAAGUGCAGGAUCAGUUGAAAGAGGAUAAGAUGAGAAAUGAAAGCAGGUUGGAUAGACUCUGCAUCUUAUGCGGCAUUACUGCAUUUAUAACGUUUUGGUACUGUGUACUAUGAAAAUAAAUGCCUACUUAUUUUAACAUGUUUCCUUAUACUACACAUGUAUGAUAUAUCUAACCAAGUUGUCCCUGUAUGUGUUCUUCUGAUGUGAAUUCAAAUUUUGGUUUAGUUGAUUAUAAUAGAAAAGUUCUUGCAUAUUAAUAUUCCAAGUAUGGAUUUCAACCAGUUGAAUGAAUUGGUGGCACUUGUUUCUGGUCC